GUAAUCUUUAAUCGUGAUCUAGAAGGAACAUUUAGCAUGAAAACGCGUUCCAGUGAGUGGAGUUUUAUUUUAAGGACAGAAACACAUGAGAUAAUAAAGGAGGUGAUUUUAUUGGCUGUCCUCAGAGUGUAAAUUUUUUCUCUCUCACAUCGUAUAGGCUUUAUAUCAGCCUAUCUCUCUUAGUCCGUUCGUACCGACCACGCCUCCCAGUCCUUGAAAUGAAUGUUCCGUCUAGUCGUGGUAGAUGUAUAAUCAUAAAUUACUAUCAGUAAUUAUCACAGAUUAUAAUAAAUAAGAUAUAAUAUAUAUCUGUGAUAAUUACUCAUUUUUUCACUUUUAUUUUUCAGUCACUUUUGUCGACAACCAGUCACGGUUUCAAAGCUGUGUCUUUGGUUUUUGGUGAUAUUCAGUAAUUAGUAGUGGUAAAUUUUAACUGGCUUUUGGCAAUAUUCAGGUAUUUAUCACAAAUUAAACGUGGAUUUAAAUUGUUGUCCAUAAUUUGUUGUGAUAACAACACAGUCAAUUAUUUAUUUUUUCAGAAUGUCCACUAGCAGCGAAAAACGGUUGUUAAAAGAAUUCCUUGACGGGUUUGAAACGACAAAAUUAUUUGAACUUGUUAGAUCUGUCUAUCACGGUGGUGGUAUAAGGGUGAACACCCAAGAAGGUAUGGAUAUAUUUGAUUUCAACAUAUUAAUGAAUUGUAAUAAUUAUUGAAUGUUAUAAGGUCAGAGCUCAAUUUCUAAAAUCUACAGAUCAAUAAUAUAUUUAUCUUUAUAAUUGAAAAAAAUAUAGUUAUAUAAAUUUCUGAUGGCUGUGUAUUCAAUAUUUCAAUUUGUAUUUAUGUUCACCAUCAUAAUUAAAUAAUUAAUUAAUUAUGAUUUUUAUGUGUUUGUUUUAGAUGCUGAAGUUUUACUAUUGUCUCAACCGUACACACAAGUAUUAUCAAGUAAAAAGGUCCCGAUAACUAAUCUUUUGAAAUUUUUAAUUUCCAAAGGCUUAGUACCAUUGCCUAAUCCUUCAAAAAGUGAUUUGAUUCUGGCAUUCAAGACACUGAUUGAAAAUCAACCGGACUAUGUGAAGCCUAUACAACCACCACAACCAAAAAUGCAACCUUUUCAGAGCAUGCAAAUGCCUGUAGCCAUUAAUAUGAUGGAAUCUCCUCAAAAUAACAAUAUGACGCAACAUUACUAUCCACCUGUUCAACCUAUUCAACCUAGUUUUUCUAAUCAACAAGUAAGAUAACCGAGUAAAUCUUUUGUUUUUGUUUUCUAAUAAUAAAUUUAUACUUAUCCAUAAAUAAUUUUUUUAUCAAACAGAUUUAACUGUGACAAAAUAAAUAGGUAUGUCAGUAUCUUUGUGAUACACAUAAAAUAACAUACGUUUUUCGUCUAUUAUCAAUUGUAAUUAUAUUAAUACAUAGAUACAUAAUAUAUUAUGUCUAUAUAUCAGUAUCGUGUUAUUUGGUUAUUGUAUAGCGGUGAAAGCUGGCAGCUAUGUUUAUGAGGGAUAUACUAUUAACUGGGAUAUUGCUGUCAUACCUAAUUAUUUUGUUAUGGAUUUAACAAUCUUCUCCUUCAUUUCAAUUAUUCGAAGAUAGCCAUUCUAAAUUUCCAUUUGACUUGAUUUCUGACAUCAUAUACACCAAAUAUUCUUAUAUCAUUUUCAGUCUCAUCCUACUACCUCUUAGUCUUCCUUUCUACCUAUUUUUAAACAAAUACAAAUUUACUCAAGAGAAGUUACAGAAGCCAGUGAUAACAAUCAUACUGCUCUUGGAUGCUCAAUUAGCAAUUCAAACAAUCGUCGCAUAUAAUUAUAAUAUUUAAUUAUAUGAAAAAAAUUAAUUUUUAAAUGUGUUGAUGAACUGUUAACAAUAUUAGAAUCAGUCAUUAAUUAUUAUAGAAUUUCAUACACACUUUAAGUACAUGCAGUGGUUAAGUAGACCAUACUCACUGAUGCUGUGGAAGUGACAGUGGUUAUUAUCCUUUUAAAAUAUUAAAUCUAUAAUUUUGAAAUUUUAAAAUUGAUAAUGCUACAAUAAUAUAUAUGUACAGUGAAACCUCUAAAUACCAGACCCUUUCAGUCACUGUAAUUUUGUCUAUUAUUUAGAGAUGUCCACUAUUCAGAGGGAAAAAAAUUUCUCGAAAAUAACUCUGAUAAAUUAAUAACUAUGUACAUUUAUGUAUGUAAUAUUAGGGUGGUUCUUAGAUAUUAAUAGAUUUUUUUUUUGUAAGUUUUUCAAUGGGCUUUCCCGCCAUUUUGUUGGCGGUUUUUAUGAAAAAAAAAUCUUGGUAGAAUUUGGUUUUGAUAACUUACCCCCUUCACGUGCAAGGGUUGAAAAAUGACCAAAUUGUGUAGUUUUAUGGUGUUUGAGUUUAAGUAAAAAACUAUUGCAUUUAUCGUAAAACUGUUCAUUAACAUUUUGAUAGAUCUUUUAAUUGCCUAUAAACAACCUUUUAUAUAGUUUUUGAUAAAAUCAUUAUCCAAGAAAGAAAAAAAAUAAAAGAAAACAUGAUUUAUUUUGUUUAUUCGGAAAAAUUGUUUUUUUACGGUUAUUUAAGUAUAUCUGAUAAACAAUUGGAAAUCAAGUUGAAAAAAAAAAUAGAAAUCAUCCCGAGAACAGAAUAUAAUAAAUUUUAAUUUAAAAAAAAAAGUACGCGUGAAGCUAAUAUUUAUUGUUUUGUAUACAUAAUUAAAAAAAUGAAUUUAAAGAUAUAAAUCAAGACAUUGAUCAAGUUAUUUCCUAGCGUUUUUUACUUAGCAUCAGGAAACCGUCGACGAUAAUCAUAUACGGUUUGUAUUAAAAAUUGUUUCUAAUCCGCAUCUUUUGUUAUCAGUGUUGAAGUCACUUAUCAAUUUAACGCCACUUUCAAAUUGCUAAAUAUUUCUAAUCCCUUUAGGUAAUUUAAAUUUGUAUUCCAUACUUUAGGAUCUUGAUCUAAAAAAUUGGUCGUUUUAUUAUAUUAAAUCUCUGGAAUAAUUUAUUUGAAUGUAUGUUUAUAAAAUCAUAAAUAUAAUUACAUUUCACAGAAUAAAUAUUUGCCAAAAAGACUAGAUAUCAUUUUCCUUUUGGCUUCUAUUUAUACGUUUAAAUCAAAAAACGUGAGAGCUGCUGCUUCUGAACUUAAGUACCAUAAAUGGCGAAUAAACUUUUUUAAUAAACAAUUUAAAACUUUAUCAUCAAUAUCUUUAUAUUCAAUGAGGCUCUGAAUAAAUACAAGAUUUUAAUACAGGGCUUCUGUAGCAAUGUACAAACGAAACCAUCUUUUUAUGUAAAUAGAAAUAAUAAAAAUACAUGUAUCACGGAUGUAUGACAUACGGUUUCUUGUGUUAAUGUCUUAUUAAAUUGCUUUUGAAAAAUGAAAAUUUUAAGACAAUAAAUUGCCUUGGCCAUCCAUCGAGCAUGAUGACAGGGUCCUGGUACUCCACAUCCACAGUUUCAACUAAAAAUUUGUUUUAAAUAUCAUUUAUUUUUACAGUUGAUAAUUAAUAAAAAUAAUGUUAAAGUUAAAAUCACUUACAUUGUGCUUGAAGUUCAUAUUGAUUACAUUUUUUUCUUUUUCUGGUAUUCUUCCAUUUGUUUGUUAUAUUUAAUUUCUUUUUUAUGUGUAGUUAAAUAGAUCCCAAUUAAAGAUCCUGGUCGACCUUUUUGUCUUUGAUGAAUUAAAAACUGCUUGUCUACGUCUAUUUUUAUUAUAUUUAAGGCAUCUGAGUGAGCAAUAUCAAAAGAGCCAUCAAACCUAUUGACAAAUUCAUUUUUUUUUUGUAUUUGAACUUCGGUUCUUUUGAAUGCACUUUUUUCCAACUUUAUCCACUCUUCAAACAACGAUUCUAAUUUCGGAACACAAUUCAGAACUCCUUUUGUUGCUUGUUGCGCUUUUUGCCAAAUUAUUAAUAAUUCAUCAAAGACUAAACGAGUACUAUCACGUAAAUUUAGUUUAACAUCGCGUAAGUUAUGAAAUAAAACUUGUUUAUUUGAAGGUAAUUUAGAUCCAACAAUUUGAUGAGAUGUUGCUCCAAUUAAAUAAACAUUUUCACGGAGAUUCAUUUUGAAAUGUAUGGAGUUAAAUCAAUAAUUUACGGCAUAAUAAACAACAAAACUAGUCUGGUUUAAAUUAAGUAAAUAAUAUCGUUGAACGUACAUUAAUUUCUUAUCUCUUGAAAUUUUGUAGAUUAUAAACAUCAAUCAUCAUCGCAAUUAUAAUAUAAAAAUAGAAUACGUAAUUUGUACGGCUAUCUGUAUUUCAUAACUUAUUUAUGUAACAUAAUGUUUCGUUUUAUUUAAUUCUGUUCUCUCUGGAUGAUUUCUAUAUUUUUUUUUUAUAAUAAGUACAAAAUGGUUGAUCGUAAGCAAUUUUUUCUAAGAACAUAUUUUGUAUGCAAUUAAAUUGUGUAUAAAAUGUAUUAACAAUGUUCUACCCGAUUCCCAAAUAUUUAUCAAAUAUACUUAAUAACCGUAAAAACCCAGUUCUCUGAAUAAACAAAAUAAAUCAUGUUUUAUUUUUUUUCUUGGAUAAUAAUGAUUUUAUCGAAAAAUGUUUAAAAUAUUGUUUUUAGGUAAUUAAAAGAUCUAUCAAAAUGUUAAUGUACAGUUUUAUGACAAAUUAGUAUUUUUUUACUUAAACUCAAAAAACCAUAAAACUAAGCAAUUUGAUCAUUUUCAACUCCCUUGCGGCACGUGAAGUUAUCAAAACCAAAUUCUACCAAAAUUUUUUUUUCACACCAAAGAACAAAAUAAUUGGUUAGCCCAUUGAAAUUUUCAAAGUUCAAAACUAUGGAUCACCUUAAUGUAAUAUGUAUAUUUGUAUUAUUUUAUAACAAAUAUUAAUUGUACCAUAUUAUUAUUUAAAAUAUGUUAUUAUUAUGUAUGUAAAAAUAUUAAUGAAAAUGUAAAUAAAAUUUACAUUUAUUAAAAAAAUCAAUUACUUUAGCUGAUUUAAGACCUUGAUUUGAAAUAAAAUUGCCAUAAAAGGGUCAGGUAUGUAGAGGUUUUCCUAUAUAAAAGUGGUAAAAAUAUUCCCGUUCCUGAAAAAUUGUCAGCUAUUUAGAGGUGUCUGUUGAUGGAGGUUUCACUACAUAUAUAUAUAUAUAUAUUUUUUAAGCAUCCAUUUUAUUUCAUAUCGUGAACCCUACCUUAACACAUUGGUUGAAUAGAUAUGUUUAGUUUAUAUAACAGUAAAAAAAUAAUUGAAAUUUUGGUUUAUUUUGUUGCUGGAAAAAUUAUUUAAUUCCUUUGUGUAGGAUAGAUAGUCUGGUUGGUAUUUUUCCCAUGAUAAGCCAUUUCAUCACAAAGUUCUUCAAAUAAUCAAUUAUUAAGCGCUUUAUAUCAAAUAACAUUCAUAAUCUUAAUAACAUCUGAUAUUACAUUGUUUAGUUCUAAGGAAAUUUAUUUCUACAUAGGUCAUAAUGCAAAAUGCAGUUUGUAGACAAUAUGUCUACACUUUUCACACUUUAGUAACAAUGUCUGAAAAAUAUCCAACCAUGUGUGCAGUAACAGUAACAUAUCCCUAUAUAUUUUUUCCUUUAAAUUUUAUGUUACAGUAAAUAACUGUUAAAUGUUUCAAAAAUCUAUUUUAUUUAUAACAGACACAAAAUUUGACAAAAAUUUAACAAAUAAAAAAAAAAUAGAAUCUAACUUCACUAAAAUUAAAUAAUAAUUUUUUUUUAUUAAAAAAAUUUGUUUUUCUUUUUAAUUAAUUAUAAAUUGUAUGUAUACAAAGAACCUAUUCAUUUUUUUUCAUACCCUAAAAUUUUGCUUAAAUUUAUUAAUACCUAAUAGAUAAUAGAUUUUUUUUUUUUAGAUAUCUGUUCAAAAAUCUAAAAAAGAUAUUUUACAUGAACAACUAGAAGAAUUUAUUGAAGUAUUUGCAAAAAAUUUCUAUGAAUUAUUCAACAAUCUUGGUGUACCAGGAAAAAACCAACUAGACUGUCGAUAUUUCUACGACAGUUGUACACUGAAAGUAAAAAUUCUCGGUGGUAAUGAAGAAAUUAAUGAGAACUGUGAAGAUUCGUCGUCUCUAUUACAGUGUUUAUUAAGUGUUAAGAAUGCACACCAACUUUUUUUUUCACCAAAUUUGAGCGAUGGAGUUAAAUGGAAAAAAGAAAUGCAUGGUUUAAUUAAAGUCCAUAUUGGUGGUACACUCCAUCAAGGUAUUGGAAGACUAGUUGGAAUGUUUGAACAGCAAUUUGUUCUCCGAGAAGACCCACAAGCAGAAAAUACGUGGAAAAUCUGUAAUACAAAUCUGAUGAUGAAAAGUAUGGACUCGUUAAGAAAUGGAUCCACAUUAAGCAUACAAGAGUCACAAACAAACAAUUUAGAAAUAAAUUGUAUCGAUUAUAAAUGAUUAUAAUAAAUUAAAUGAAUAAAAUAAUUCAACGAGAACUGUUGUU